UGGAUGUUGAUUAUAGCAAUGACAUCGGGAAGAGUUGUAUUCUUAAACCCGCUUAAAUCUAAAAUCCCGUCAGACAUUGCUCAGAUGAUAAAGGCUGCAUAUGCAAAUAUUAGUUCAAAUGCUAUUGUAUUUGGCAAAAAUGGACCGGAGAUAUGGACCUUUGCUUGUCCAAAGCAACCAUACAAUUACGAAUGUGGUUACUAUGUACUAACUUACAUUCGUGAUAUGCUUCAACAUUCAAAUCCCAUUGAAGCCAUAAAAGCAAAAUUUGGCGGCCUAUCCCAAUAUUCUGAGGACGAUCAUCUCUUACCGCUUCGACAACAGUGGUUAAGUCAAUUGCUUCCCUUGAUAUAUAAAAAUUAACUAGUAGUCUUUUAUUGUAUUUUUUUAGACAAUGUGUAGUAUUUAAUUUAGAGAUUUAUGCAUAAUAUGUAAAGUGUUAUUUAGAAUUGAACUUACAAAUUAUUAUUGUUGUUAUUAAAAAUGAUAUUAAUCAUUUAUUUUAAAUUAAGUUUUUUUUAUA